AUGAGGGCUUAUUUGCAGACGCAAAAGUUGACUCAAAGCAUUAAUGAAAGCACCCCUCAAAGAAGUCAUGACAAGCCUUCACUGUCUGCUUGGCCAAGCCAUGUUGUUCCACUGGGACAACAUGUGGAUCUUAAAUGUGACUAUCAUAAGGAUCCUUACAUAUUAAAGCUGUACAAAGAACUUGGACCUCCUAUCCCUCAGUUCCAUGACAGAAUAGUCCACAAAACCCUUCUCUUGGGUCCUGUGACACCAGAAUAUGGAGGAACCUACAGAUGCUAUAAUUACAAUCAUCAGUACCCUAAUGAACUGUCAUCACACAGUGACCCGCUGCAGAUCAUAAUUUCAGGAAUCUACAGAAAGCCUUUUUUGUUGGUCCUACAAACUUCCCUGGUAAAAGCAGGAGAGAAAGUGACCCUGGCGUGUCAUUCAGAGAUCAUGUUUGGAACCUUCAUUUUGACUUCACAUAGAAAGAAAAUAAUAAAGGCUUCUUUUGAGCUUUCGGCAGAAUCUCAUCUUGGGAGGUCCCAUGCAAACUUCUCAAUAGGUCCUGUGACACCUGACCAUGCUGGGACUUACACAUGCUAUGGUUCUUACAAUCACACACCAUAUGAGUGGUCCGAAUCCAGUGACCCUGUUGACAUAAAGAUCACAGGUUUAUACAAGAAACCUUCUCUGUCAGCCCUGAUGGGCCCUGUGGUGAUGUCAGGAGAAAAAGUGACCUUGUCCUGCAUCUCUGACCAUCAGUUUGACAUGUUCCAUCUGUCCAGGGAUGAAGUGCCUCAGGGGCAUGGGCUGCCUGCAGAGCAGAGCCACAAUGGGACAUUCCAGGCCAAAUUCCUGGUCGGUCCCAUGAUCCAGAAAGGCAAUUAUAGAUGCUAUGGCUCUUUCAGGAACUCUUCCCAUGUGUGGUCAUCCCCAAGUGACCCCUGGUACAUUCCUGUCACAGAUAAUCACAGGAUCCUGCAUAUUCUGAUUGGGCUAUCAGUGACCAUGAUCCUUGUCUUCCUCAUCAUCCUCCUUUAUUCUUAAGUACUUUAUUAUGUGGGUUUGAUUACUUCUGUCUCCUAAAAUGCAGUCAUCAUGGAUCAAGACUCUGAAGUGAGAGCAACACUGAACAGACAGGAUCCUGAAAGACAAGGAGUGCAGGAGGUGGCAUACUUCGAAUUUGAUCAGAUGAUCUUCAAACAAAAACUGACCACUCCCAAUUCCCAGAUUCCCAAGAAAUUUUCCACAGAUCCCAGUAUGUACAUGGAAGUCAGGAAAUGA